AUGUCGACCACCAGCACGGAGAAGGCCAAGCACCCGACGACCGAGCACGAAGACGCGGGUGGGAGCGCGCACCCGCAGCGCUGGUCGUCGUACAUGCUCGAGAUCUACGCCGGCAUGAAGCCGCCCGCGCCGCUGCCCACCCUCGACUUUGGCAAGAUGGAGCAGAUGGCGAGGGAGAAGAUGAAGGACCAGAUCGGUGCGUACGAUCCUCUUACCCCCGUCGUCGAAAGCCCCAAGGCGGGGGAGCUCACGAUCCCUGGACCACGGGGUGCAGAGGCGUACAUGUACACGUUCGGCUCGGCGGGCACGUCCUCGACCGAGCGCGCGAACCGGAAGGCGUUCGAGACCUGGCGCAUCGUGCCGCGCAUGCUCCGGGACGCGACCGUGCGCAACAUCGAGACCACGAUCUUCGGCGUCAAGCACCCCUCGCCGCUGUUCAUCGCCCCGAUCGGUGUACAGGGCAUGGUCCACCCCGACGGCGAGCUCGCGACCGCCCGCGCCGCGCAGGCCCUCGGCGUGCCGUUCAUCAUGUCCAGCGCCUCGACGCGCUCGAUCGAGAACGUCGCCGAGGCAAACGGGUCCGGACACAGGUGGUACCAGCUCUACUGGCCCAAGUCGGACGACAUCACGCUCUCGAUCCUCUCCCGCGCCAAACGCGCCGGCUACUCCGCGCUCGUCAUCACGCUCGACACCAUGAUCCUCGGCUGGCGCCCGCACGACCUCGACAAGUCCUUCAUCCCCUUCAUGUACGGCGUCGGCAUCCAGGUCGGCACCUCCGACCCCGUCUUCAUGGCCCGGCACGACCUCCCGCCCGUCCACGAGACGCCCUCCUGGCCGUACGACCAACCCGCCAUCGCCUCCGCCGCGCUCGCCGGCGACCCCGCCGCCCGCCGCGCGAUGCAGCUCGGCAAAGAGUGGCUCGGCGAGGCCAACUCGGGCCGGUUCCGGAGCUGGGACGAGCUCAAGCUCGUCAGGGACCACUGGGCGGGCCCGAUCGUGCUGAAGGGGAUCCAGAGCGUGCGCGACGCGGAGAAGGCCGCCGAGGUCGGGUGCGACGGGAUCGUGGUGUCGAACCACGGCGGGAGGCAGGUCGACGGCGCGCUGCCGUCGCUGUACGCGCUCGACCGCAUAUGCCGCUCGGAGAAGAUCCGGGCGGCGAAGGAGAACGGGUUCACGGUGCUGUUCGAUUCGGGGAUACGCACCGGGAGCGACGUGAUCAAGGCGAUCGCGCUCGGCGCGCAGGGCAUCUUACUCGGACGCCCGUUCAUGUACGGCCUGAUGCUCGCCGGUCAGGCAGGCGUCGAGCAGGUCGUAAGGAACAUCCUCGCCGAUACCGAGAUCACCCUCGGGCUCAUCGGAUACAGCUCCAUCGCCGACAUCUACGACAAACGGGAGGAGAUCGUCGAGAAGCUCGAUGGCUUCUGA